GCUGACCCAGAGACGGCUGCUGCCACAGAGUUAUACUAGACCCGAGGGGUUAGUUUAUCUCUGUGGCAUCUCCUGGACCUGAGCUGCUCGGAAGGAGACCGCAGGAUACGAGAAAGCUUUCAUGGAGGAACAUAUGCUGAAGUUGGGGAAUGCACGAGCCAUAUGACUGCAAGGUGCAAGGUUGUGUGAAGGAUAUACACAAGGUCCUGGUGAAUGUAGCUGAAUGGUCCAUAAUUCGUGACAAGCCUCAAACUCACGCAGAUGAUUUCACUCCACUGUUGAACAUGGCUGAUGAAAUCUCCCCACUGAUGUCUGACGGGGAAGUCGUUGAAAAGCACGCAGAGAGGCAAAGUGACACUCCGUCGCUCCCACAUGGACGGAUCUUAAUUGACACUCACCAUCUGAAGACUGACUCUUCAUUUGGCGGCAUCUGUGGUAUGAACUCACUUUCAGAGAGCAGUGACACUGGAAUCCUUUAUCUGAACCCUCAAACACCAAACUGGUCUCUGGUGGAGAAGUUUGCAGAGCUCUCACCGGGAGAAGAAACUGAAGACGGCCAAGACCACGGCAGUCGAGGAAAGCUAGAAUGCACUGAACAUAUUGAGAACAAUAAAAUAAAUGGAUCUACCGAAGGGCUUUCGAAUGUUGCACUAAAGACGGAAAGUAACUGUCGUAAGAUACAACGCAAUGCCUCAGCUAAACAGAGGGCAUCUAAGCUCAAAGAGCUGAAUGUUGAUGAGUAUUCUCCAGGCGGAGCUGGGAGACAGACCAAAAGGAAGAAUCUAAAUAAUCCUCAUGCUAAGAAAUUACACACGAAGACCGAAGAAGACAAGAUCCCUCGACUUUUGGUAGCGAUGAAGAAACGUGGUGGAGUUGACACAGAGCACCGUCCCUUCAAGUGCACACACUGCAACUGGGCUUUUAAGAAGCUCUGCAACCUACAGAGUCACUUACAGACACACACUGGCCUCAAACCACACGUGUGUGAUAUAUGUGGCAAGGCGUACUCUCACCAGGGCACGCUGCAGCAGCACAAGCGUCUGCACACAGGUGAAAGACCAUACCACUGCCCCUUCUGUGUCAAGACCUAUAUCUGGUCCUCAGAUUACCGCAAGCAUAUCCGCACACACACUGGUGAGAAGCCCUACGUCUGUGACACUUGUGGCAAGGAUUUCAUCCGCUCCUCUGACCUGCGAAAGCAUGAGAGGAACAUGCAUACCAAUGACAAGCCCUUCCCGUGCACACACUGUGGCAAGACCUUCAAUAAACCCCUCUCCCUGAAGCGUCAUGAGCGCAAGCACCUGGGUGAGAGACCGUUCUCCUGCCCCGACUGUGGGAAAGCCUUCGCCCUGGCCAGUCGUAUGGCAGAGCACCAGAAGAUCCACGCAGGAGUGCGUCCGUACGUCUGCUCCGUGUGCUCCAAGUGUUUCACCAAGUCGUCCAACUUGACCGAACACGAGGCCAUUCACAGCGGAGCACGGCCUCAUAAGUGCAAAGAGUGCGGCGUGGCGUUUGCCAUGGCCUCUCGCCUUGUUCGUCACCAGUACGUCCACAAUAAAGAGAAACCCCACAGCUGCUCAGGCUGCAGCAGGAACUUCACCCAUCUAGCCACACUGAAGGUUCAUCAGGAGCAAAACUGUGCUGGCAGGAUUUUUGUCUGUGUGGAGUGUGACAAAUCUUUCCAGUGUGCUGAAAAGCUGGCACAGCACACGCUGAGCCACAGGGACGAGAAUGUUUGAAUGUGUUAAAGGACAGGUACUGUGCACAUCUAUCACUGUGAUAGUACUGUAUACUAGUACUGCACUCAGGGUUCCUCCAGCUUAAGGCAAGUGGGACUUUUUAAGACUUUUUUAGUGCCAUGUAGAAUGAAAUUAAAGACCAAUUUUAAAAUAACCAAAACUGAAAGACAAAAAAACAAAACAAAAAAAAACAGCAACAGUAUGCUACCUAGAGAUAAGGAGAAAUUUGAGCAAAUACUUAUUGUAACACAUCAUGACUUAUUGGUGACAUUAACGCAAGACGCAUUCAGUACAGUGUGGCUACGCAUUUUGACAAAUAAAGGCCUGUCUCAAUUAGAGGCCUGGUCUGGUUGCCAAGCAGUUCAGUUUUUUUAAAGAUAUUAUUCAAGCCUUUUUUUUUUUUUUUUUACCUUUGAUUGAUAGGACAAUUCAUUCACUCAUUUUCCGUUGCUUAUCCUGUUAAGGGGUACACCCUGGACAGGUCACCAGACUAUCACGGGGCUGACACACAGAGACAGACAACCAUUCACACUUUGAAUUAUAUAAAACCUAAUUUUUAAACAAUCAAUUCAUACUGGUUUAUAUAAACCCCAUGUUUACUGAGCAACAGUUUAGUGUAAAAGGAAUUAAAGACCUGUCCCAAAUAUAGGCCUGUUGAUUUCAGUGAUUUAAGCAAAUAAUAGCCUGGGCUAUUAAUUGAAGUUAUACGGUAUUUUUUUUUUUUUUUUUUUAAAAUUACCUGUCAUUUUAAGAUUUCAAAAUGCAACGUCAGAAAAUAACAGAUUCAUACUUCCCAUUUUAAGACUUUUGAAAGACUGAUUUAAGACGUUUUAAGACCAAUGAAGGCCUAAUCUUUGGAUUAAUGAAUUCAGUGCCUUUUAUUAGGACUUUUUCAGGAUUCGUGGAAACCCGUGCACUUCAUUUGCAACUGUAUAUCUAAACGCAGGGUUUCAUUAGUUCAAAUAAUCAGUUACAGACGCAUCCAAUCCAUUCAGCGUCUUGGGGCACCAGUUUAUUUAUGUUGAGGUAUGUAUGAUAAUUGUUAAACCAUGUCACUCACACGCCCUCCCUCCCCGUGGUGCUGGGUUUCGAUGAGAAUGAUGUAGGAUAAAAAUUGCCACCAGCAUUGACACUGGAGCUGACAGUUUAAUGGUUUGAUGUGAAAGUCAUUACAAGAAUAACCUUUAUAAAAGUAAGAAUAUGAAUGUUGAUAGUUAACAAUAAUGAUUUGAUAAUACGCACAACACGGCAACAUUGCAUGUAGGAAAUGCAGGCAGUUUUUCAUGAUGACCUACGCUGUAGUGCCCUGGUCAGUCUGAAUGUGGCCAAUGUGAGGCACGCUGUCUGAAUUCAAGUAUGAGUGGCACUGAGCAUUGCAUUUCAGAAGGACCGUCACUUACUCACACUGAUUUCAUAGAUGCACAGAUUUAUAUAACCCACUUCAGCAUAAUGUGACAUUAGCCAAACAUAGAGCAGACGACAGCUGUGAUAACCAGUACUGAUGGUGGGAAGCGGGUGCAAGGUGUAGUCCUCCUGACAGAUGGAGGGGGAGCUUAAUGUGCCUGCAACCAGCAACAUCAAUACUUACUUAUUUUCAGCUGUUUUUAUUGUCCAGUGAGUUGUGGCCAUUUAUGAAUGCUGCACUUUUUCUUAACGCACAAGCAGCACUAGCUGCAAAACUCUUGAGACACAUUACUGUGACCAUAUUAAUAGACCAGAACAGUUAAAUGAUUCAGGGAAGCUCAUCAAUCAGUCAGGUGUUGCUUUUUGCAGUGGACACUGCUAUGUGAAUUAUCUUGUACUCGUACUUGUUCUUUAACAUAUACAUUAGUUUGGCAGUGCAUCUUAAAUAUGUCACGUCUGAAUUUCAGUAUGCAUGUAAUGCGAGGUGUAAAUCUGUGGCUCUUUUUAAUCACAUUGCCAAGCACAACAAGCAUGUUUGAUUUGCGAGAGGGUCUUUCAAACUUGAGUGUGUAGGACAAGGCUGCACAAUAUUCAAACAAGAUAAUGGUACAAUUAAUUUGACAAAUAUUUCAACUGCCAGUUUUAUGUGGGAAUGGUCAUUUUUGCAUCUAAUUGUCACUGGAAAACAUAUAAAAAUCAUGAUGUUGUGAUUUUUGCUGGGGUCUGUACCAAACAAGCUUGUUCCAUUAAAUCUGGAAUAUGACUGGUAGGCCAGGGCAUCUCUGUUGUACCAGAAUGUUUUGUUAAUUAUGAUAUGAUGUGACAUAUUUUAUCCAAAAAUAGCAGCUCCUGUGAUUUGGAUGUUGCACUUGGCCAUAUUGUGAUUUUGUUAAUAUUUCGAUUAAUGGUGCAGCCCUAAUGUUGGAGCUUAAAGGCAUACUGUGCAGGAUUUUCCUAAAAAACAAUGUAUAGACUGAUACAGAAGUAACCCCUGUCAGUCGUCCCUUAUGACCCAGUAGAAGUGUGUGUCAGGUAUUUAUCUGCAGAGACUCUGCCCUCUGCUUGCAUUUCCUCUUAGUAUGCUGUGUUUGGGGCAUUUGUGUGUGCAGCCCCCAGCCAAUAACAGCACACAGGUGAGAUCAGGACUUAAUACAAAGUUAACGAUAGCGAACGCACAAAAAAAAUCCCUGCAAUAGCGAGGUGAAAAGCCAAGCAGACAAAGCUGGAUACAGACCGAGGCUAAAUCUGGGGUUGGUGUUUACUUUUACUGGCGAGCACUGAGAAAGAGGAUGGGGAUGAAGAUCAUCACACACUGUUUUCUUCUGGAUAGGUAGGUGCCGGCGGUUAGCUGAGUUAGCUUGCUAAAGUAUCAGCUUUUCCAUUGCAACAAACUUACGUUCCUAGCUUGCAAUGUACGUACAAGCAGGGUAAGGAAGUGGGGCCAAGUUUGAAUGUUGAGUUCACAAACAGUAACCGACGAUUCCCAACCCAGUCACCAGAAAAAGUGUUGGCAUUGUACGUUUCUGCAAACCACUGUUAUGUAACACUUGAACGCUAUUAUGUUACAAAAAAAUUGAAACUUUUAAUUAAAAAAAAUAUGUGGUUAACAUGUGGUUAGGCUUAGAUACAAGAGCCAUUUGGUUAUGGUGAGGAAAAGAUCAUGUUUUGGCUCUUGGGGUGCAAUUCCUGCUGGAAAUACAGCAUCAGAUAAAAAAAAUAAAUAAAUAACUGCUGGAAACACAGCAGUCGCUCGCUAAAUCACAGCUGGUGUUGUUUGUUAGUCUCGAACAGUAGUCUGCAGUAAGUACGGUUAAAAACCCUUCUGUUUUCAUUCCUUUACAGGUCAUUCUGACUGAUAAUAAUACAAAUUCUGUGAUACUGUGAAGCCACGAUAUUUUCAGGGACAUUUAUAAUGUGAAAAUCUCAUACCGUUGCAACCCUAAUCUGCAGUUUCGCUGGCGUCUCGCCUACAGUAGGUGACACAACAUCCACCAUCCCCUCCACCUCCAGAUGAAAAAGUCGGCUCAUACACAAGUCACUUUAGAAACGUUAAAAUAAUAUGCAAGAAACCAGCCUGCAGUUCCUGCACAGUAUACCUUUAAGCUCUUGUGGAUAAAAGAGAAACAUUGCAAAUCUGUAGUGUUAAAAAUAUUUGUCUGAAGAUCCAUCUCAAUAAAAGCUUUUUAAUCAAAUGGUAA